GACCCGAAUAAAAUGCUCCCACAAACUACCCCCAGUUUCAUUGCGCAAAAAUUUGAACACUCUCUCACAGAGAGGAGAGGCUCCUCUUCCUCAAAUUGAAACUAAACCCCGUAAGGCUUCGGUGCUAUCUCCCUCUCCGGCGAUUCCCGAUAUCGGUCUGAGGUCUCUGUAAAUGUCGAGUAGCUCUAGGAGUGACGGUGAGAAUCCGUUUGAUGUUGAGGAGCUCCUGAAGAUCGGGGCGAGAUGCGGAGAGCUGCGCAAGGAGAAAGACUUGUUGAGAGAAUCACAAGCCCAGAGCAUUGAUCUAAUCAGGAGACUAGAGCUUCAUGUGAAGUCACUAUCAGACGCUCGAACAGAGGACAAGAAACAGAUUCAGAAGUUGGAAAGAGAGCUCAUGAAUUGCUCUCAAGAAAUAGAUUAUCUGCAGGAUCAACUGAAUGCAAGAAACCUAGAACUGAACUGCUUGAAUGAGCAUUCAAACAAUCUUGAGUUGAAACUGGCAGGCAUGGAAAUUUCGCAGGUACACCAAUUGACAGAGGAACUGAUGAGGUCGGAGUCGGAGUGCUUGCUGUUGGUUCAAGAACUAAGGAACAAAGAACUAGAGUUAGAAAAUUCAGCUUCAUGUAUAGAAAAAUUGGAGGAGUCAAUAUCUUCUGCAGUGCUGGAGUCCCAGUGUGAAAUAGAGAGUAUGAAGCUUGAUAUGAUGGCAUUGCAGCAAACUUGCUUCGAAGCUAAGAAAUUUCAGGAAAAAACCUUUCAAGAAAAAGAUAGGAUGAAUCGGUUGAUUAAAGAUCUCGAGGAUCAACUUCAGGAUGCAGGGGAUUUAAUUGAAAGUUUGCGGAGGGAAAAUAAAGAGCUGAGGGACAGGAUUGCUCUAUCUGAAAUGAAUGGUAGAGUAUUUUGUCAAAAGAUUGACAAGAGACCGAAAGAUGAGGAAACACAACAUUCAAAUACUUUACACAGUGAACUAGAGAGCAAGCUCGUUAUAUCGGAAGAAAUGAACAGCUGCAAAGAUGUGUUUGGUUCUCUCAUUUCCGAAUCAGCAGCCAUGCUAAAUCCAGAUGCAAAAUGGAAGGAGGAGAUGGAGAGUAAGUCACAUCAGAUACAUGAAUAUGAGCUUCUUGUGAAGCAGCUUAAGGAAGAGCUAAAGGAGGAAAAGUUGAAGGCAAAGGAAGAAGCAGAGGAUCUUGCUCAAGAAAUGGCAGAGCUUAGAUACCAAUUAACAGGUUUGCUAGAAGAAGAGUGCAAGCGACGAGCUUGCAUUGAACAGGCAUCUUUGCAAAGAAUAGCUGAGUUAGAGGUUCAGAUACAAGGACAAGGAAAAUCCUUAUCUUUGGUCCGGUGUCUCCCUGAAGCAUGAGAGUUUUGUGCAACAUGAACCGUAGUGGGUCACUGAUUGGAAGCAGGGGUAGAGAUUUAGUGGCCUCGCCAUAUGAUUUUUGUGCCCCCUCUGCUCAGGAACACAAUCAUAUCCCCAGACAAAAACUAAUACAGGAUUAUGGCACAUUGGGAUUCUUUGAGAGGAGGACCUAGACAAGAGUAUCUUCCUAUCGGGUUUAGUGGAUGACAGAGACCCAAUGUGGCUGCGAUCUGUUCCAUACCAGGUUAAUGACACCUCACUAAUUUCUUGUCGACCAGAUUAAAGAAGUGAAAGCUUUAGUACAAAGUACAUGACCAACUUUUUGGUUGGAGUGUUUCAUCAAUUCUGAGAUUCCACGACCAAAAGGAAAAGGCAAAUGAACACAUUUUACGGAGCAGCAGGAAAAUUGAGAGCAAUGAAAUUUCCAAUCUCUGGAGGUGGUUGUUGAAUGUUGAUGGACUAAAUGUGAUCUCGUGUCCACCCAAUGCUUGGCCUGAAGAGAAAACCUUGAGACAAACUGAGCAUUGAUGCCCUUCACUCCUCUUCUUUGUCCUGACACCUCUCUCAGUCUUGUUGUCACAGUGUUCGAUAAAAUGCUCGACAGAACUU